AUGCUUUCCCGAAGAAUUAUCAUUACAAUAAAAGCCAUUUCAUUAGUUUGGGCCCUCGUUGGGCCGGCGGUAGCGGAUGACUAUCGCCCAGCCUUUCACUUCUGCCCGGCUGAGAACUGGAUGAACGAGCCUAAUGGGCUGAUUCAGAUCAAUUCAACUUGGCACUUAUUUUAUCAGGCUGACCCAACGGCAAAUGUUUGGGGUAACGAGUGCUGGGGCCAUGCAACCAGCUCCGACCUAGUCCACUGGGAUCAUCUCCCCGUCGCCAUUCCAGUUGAGAAUGGGAUUCAAUCCUUCACUGGUACCUCUUAUUACGAUUCCAAUAAUACAUCUGGCUUAGGCACGUCUGCCAAUCCGCCGUACCUGGCAUUUUUCACUGGUUAUACCGCUUCAAAUGGAACACAAGACCAGCGCCUUGCUUCCAGCACGGAUCUCGGAAAUACCUGGGUUAAGUUUCCUGGCAACCCAAUCAUAAGUGCAGCUCAGGAAGCCCCUCAUGAUACAAGCGGAGGCCUCGAGAGUCGUGACCCUAAAGUAUUCUUUCAUGUUCCGUCAGGGAAAUGGGUUAUGGUCCUUGCGCAUGGAGGUCAGGACAAACUGACAUUCUGGACGUCUUUAGACGCCAAAAGCUGGACAUGGGUGAGCGAUCUAGCAUCAUCCCAGAUUGAGGGAUUCCCAUCUGAUGCCACUGGAUGGGAAGUGCCAGAUAUCUCAGGGGUCCCCCCUGGUGGCAAUGGUGUCGUGGCGCUGACGGGUUCCUUUGACGGAAAAACUUUCGUGGCUGAUUCUGUCGACUCUUCAACAUUAUGGUUAGACUAUGGACGCGAUUUCGAUGGUGCUAUGAGUUGGGAAAACGUACCUGCAUCAGAUGGUAGGCGCAUUAUCGCUGCCGUGAUGAAUAGUUACGGCUCGAGUCCUCCUACGACUACAUGGAAAGGGUUGCUGUCCUUUCCCCGGACGUUAACCCUCAAGCAAAUCGGGUCCAAGCGAUACUUCCUUCAGCAGCCAGUCACCGAGUUAAGUAAAAUCGAUAGCAGUCUCGCAAGCAUUCAGAACCAAACUAUUACGCCAAACCAAACGUUGCUUUCAUCAGUUCAUGGAACGAGCUUGGAUAUUCGGGUUGCUUUUCAAAUUGAUUCAGGUGCCACCCUGUCACUAGCAGUCCGCCAGGGGGGAUCGGAGCAGACGGUCAUCCGAUAUUCCCAGUCGAACGCGACGCUCUCCGUUGAUCGAACGGCGAGUGGAGACAUCUCCUAUGAUCCAGCAGCGGGGGGUGUUCAUAGUGCGCAACUGGCACAGGACAACACUGGGCUAGUUCACAUCUGGGUGUUAGUCGACACCUGCUCCGUGGAAGUGUUUGGCGGGCAAGGAGAAGCAGUUAUAUCAGACCUUAUAUUCCCUAGUAAUUCUUCUGACGGCUUAUCGUUGAGGGUGACUGGAGGGACCGCCACAUUGCAGUCUGUGGAGGUGUACUCCGUUUCAGUUUGA